GGCGGGCCGGCGGGGCGACGCGGCCGCCCGGUGGCCGACGGGCUCCCGCCCGUGGAGGCGCCCCUCGUCGACAACCUCAACCACGCGCUGCUCGCGCGCGCCGCCGCGGGCGAAUGCGGAGGAGAAAGUAAGAACGCCGGCGCGGAGCCCCCGCACAACCGCUCCCCCAAGCGCCAGAGCCCCUCUGUGUACGAGAGGGUCAAGUCCAAGGUCAGUCGCUCCCUCUCCAACGGGUCUGUCGUGCAGAAAUUACUGCUAGAUACGUCGAACCCCAAUUCUAUUCUCCCUAGGUCCAUCGGCGUGGGGGGAAUGUUUCGAAGACCGACGAGUCUCAUAGUUGACAGUGCUAGUGAUGAGAAAGUGGAUAAUAACGGUGGUUGUGGGAACAUACAAGGUUACAAAAUUGUCGAGUCUGUGGGUAGAGAUAACGAUAACAAAUAUUCGAACACGAAAGUUCAUUCGUCUCACAAAUCGGUUACGAAUACUUUGACGACUUGGACCUGUCAUAGGUGUACUUUGGAAAAUCCUGGGACUGUUGACAGAUGUGAAGUGUGUGAAACGCCUAGGAGGUCUAGCUCGACUCUGAAUUCUCUAACCAACAACGGCCUACUCUCCAAUACUCUCCCUCGUAAUAGUAUUGUGAUUACGGUUCCUGACUGGGAGGAAAACAGGACAGUCGAAACGAAGGACACUACUGACGUGCUCCAGGAAUUUUCUUGCCGAUCUCAAAAGAACUUGUCUCGACAAAUCUUACCCACGCAAGGGAGUUCUAACGAAUUUCUUGGACCUUUGGCUGAGGAUAUGGCUUGGACUAGACCAAUGUACCGACGUUCGUUUUCGGAAAUGAAUUCGACUUCAAGUGAUUUAGAACGCAGUCGUCAAGUUGCGAAUCGUCGCAGCAUGGUUGAGACCGACCUUCAGGGGAACCUUCCCGUGCGUUCUCCUGUUAAUUUGAACCUCCAAUUGCAGCAGCAGUUGCAGGCGAGUCGCCCGAGUCCCCGAUAUUCUUAUAUUGGAAUCACAGAUCCCAGCACUACUCAGAACUAUAGGCAAUCCGUGGCACCCCCACGGAAGGUAGUAAGUGUUAAAAAAAGGUUGAUUCCUCCAUCUGUUUUAGAUAUGGCAGAUCUGACCAAAGCAACAAACGGAAAUAUUUCCUCAACACCUACCGCCAACACCGCUUCUUCUCCGGUUCAAGGAAACCAAAAUUCUCUUCAGUACUCUUCGUCAUCAAAUACUUCUUCAGAAAAUUCAAGUCUGGCUGGCACUUCCUUUGAUCGAAUGUGGACCUGUACAAAAUGUUCAUACGCCUACAACCCUUUAUGGUCCGAUAGCUGUGAUAUAUGCAACUCUGUACGCUCACCACCCUCUCUGACAGAACCUAGUCUUAUCACUGUCACGAAAGACAGCGUGCGCUACCUGCCUACCAAGAGAGACGGGUCUCAGGAAUCCGAGAGCUCAGAAAGUCUGAACAACAAUGAUCCCUUGUCCACGGUGUUGCCCGGGCCUACAGCAACUUUGGCCACUCUGGAACAGGAUCUAGAAGAUGAUUUCCAAUUUCUGCCUGGGGAAGAAACCAGUCCGAGUGCAACAGAACAAGACUGGACUUGCAAAAAGUGUACGUUGGUUAAUUCAGGAAAUGAUAUAGCAUGUGUUGUGUGUGGUGGUUCAAAACUGCGUAGUAUAACAAUGGUUGAAGAUAUGACUCUUAGGAAAGGGGAGUUUUGGACUUGUUCACAGUGUACCCUAAAAAACCCUUUAAGUGCUCAAUCGUGUAUGGCAUGUAAAACAACCAAAAAGCUGUUAGAGGUUCCUAAAAGUAGUUGUGGUGGGCCUAGGAGUCCAUCUCCACGGCAGUCUUCACGAAUUAGCGGAGGGUCUAGAGUGAGUAGUGGUGCAAUUCCCAAGCAGAGACAUUCAAAUGCCGUGAGCAGCCGUCGCAGUGCAACCCCAAGUGCUAGAAGCAACGGAGUAGUGAGUCGCCACCAUAGAUCCAGUGGUGGCAAUAUCAAUACAGAGCAUUCCAUGGUGUCGUUGGCUGUGACCCAGCCCUCUGGCAGCCGGAGCCCCCGCCCGCCGUCGGAGCACGUUUCCCCAUCAGUUCCCAACUUGUGGCAGUGCAAUUUGUGUACUUACGAAAAUCGAACAGCCUCAGUGUCUUGUGAAAUGUGUCAAAGUUCACGCUGUUUGUCUUCAUCAUCAGUCAUGACAAAUGGCAGAAUGUCAUCAUCUCCUGUGCCAUGUAAUAUGGCUCCAAUGAUAACUGGUCUCUCUAAUGCAGCAUGCUCUGCAGUUUUGAAACAGGAAAGUGAACUAAUGGAAGAUUUGCGCCAGAUUGAGGAAAAAGAGGCCUUGGAGAAGUGGGAACGCAUUGUACAAUAUUGCAAAGAGAACAAAGAACCAUUUGUUGAUGACUCAUUUCCUCCAGCUCCUAAAUCUUUAUAUUAUAACCCAUCAGAGACCAAAGAUAACCAUGUUGUUCAGUGGCUAAGGCCUCAUCAAAUUGUCAUGGAAGGUGAUUCAAAAUUAAAAUGGGCUGUCUUUCGAACUCCAUUGCCUUCUGAUAUUUCCCAAGGUGUAUUAGGUAAUUGUUGGCUUCUGAGUGCACUAGCUGUUUUAGCAGAGCGAGAAGAUCUAGUGAAAAAAGUAAUGGUCAUGCGAGAAUUCUGCCAGCAAGGUGCAUACCAAGUUCGUCUUUGUAAAGAUGGCAGAUGGACCACUGUCCUUGUUGAUGAUUUGUUACCAUGUGAUAAACGAGGCCAUUUAGUCUAUUCUCAGGCAAAACGUAAACAGCUAUGGGUUCCUCUUAUAGAGAAAGCAGUAGCGAAGAUCCAUGGUUGUUAUGAAGCACUAGUUUCAGGGAGAGCUAUUGAAGGAUUAGCUACACUAACUGGAGCUCCAUGUGAAAGUGUGCCUCUUCAGCCAUCUUCUCUUCCAUCAGAAGAUGAGCUGGACAAAGAUCUGAUUUGGGCUCAGCUUUUGAGUUCUCGCCUAGCACGUUUUUUGAUGGGUGCAUCUUGUGGAGGUGGAAAUAUGAAAGUAGAUGAAGAAGAAUACCAACGUAAAGGAUUACGGCCCAGGCAUGCCUAUUCUGUUCUUGAUGUAAGAGAUCUUCUUGGCAACAGACUUCUACGCUUGCGUAAUCCAUGGGGUCAUUAUUCAUGGAAAGGUGACUGGUCAGAUGAAUCCCCAAUGUGGACACCACAAUUGCGAGAAAUGUUGAUGCCUCAUGGUGCUUCUGAUGGUGUCUUUUGGAUAUCUUUUGAGGAUGUUUUGAGGUAUUUUGACUGCAUUGAUAUCUGCAAGGUACGAUCAGGAUGGAAUGAAGUGCGGUUGCGUGGGACUCUGCCCCCACUUUCUUCAUUGGAACAUUUAUCCUGUGUCUUGUUAACAGUAUUAGAACCCACUGAAGCUGAAUUCACUUUAUUUCAGGAAGGACAGAGAAACUCGGAAAAAUCUCAACGUUCGCAGUUGGACUUGUGUGUUGUUGUAUUUCGCACUCGCUCUCCUGCAUCUCCAGAAGUGGGAAGGCUAGUAGAACACAGCAAAAGACAAGUAAGAGGUUUUGUAGGCUGUCACAAAAUGCUGGAACGAGAUCUCUAUAUUCUUGUCUGUCUAGCCUUCAAUCACUGGCAUACUGGAAUGGAUGAUCCAGCUAACUAUCCUGAAUAUGUGUUGGCAAUACACAGUUCCAAGCGUUUACUGGUAGAGCAGAUCUCUCCUCCACCUUUUAUGCUUGCAGAUGCAAUUAUUAGUCUCACUCUUGCUAAGGGCCAAAGACAUGAGGGGCGUGAAGGUAUGACUGCCUAUUACUUAACAAAAGGAUGGGCAGGCUUGGUUGUAAUGGUUGAAAAUCGUCAUGAGAAUAAAUGGAUUCAUGUUAAAUGUGAUUGUCAGGAAAGUUACAAUGUGGUGUCAACCAGAGGUGAACUGCGGACAGUUGAUUCCGUUCCACCAUUGCAUCGGCAAGUUAUUAUUGUCCUAACCCAACUGGAAGGAAGUGGUGGAUUUUCUAUUGCACAUCGCCUUACUCACAGGCUUGCCAACUCUGGAGGGCUUCAUGACUGGGGUCCUCCGAAUACAAAUCACUGCCCAACAAUUGACAAACAGGUUGAAGGUUUACAUUCCCCAAGACUUAUUACGUAGCAGAAAAUGAAUUCUGUACAAUGAUGCCUGAAAGAAUUUACAUAGUGUUCUUUACCCUUUUGUAUCAGUUAAAUAAGAUGUACAUAAGAUGUACCUUUAUGAAGUAAAGUGCAUGCACAAACUCCAUGUACAAAUGCAAGGUGAAGUAGUAGUCAAAUGCUUGGUUUUCUUACCAUUUAACAAUAUUGUUAAACAUUUUCUUUACAAUGUGAUUUUUAUCUUGUAAUAUUAUCAUGAAUUAUGUGAAGGUAAGCAUCAUUAUUCUGUCUCCCAUGCAGUUUGGAUUGAAAUGUGAAAUAAGUGAAAAUUUAUUGUAGAAAUUUCAAUGUAUUAUAAAAACAGUCUUCUUUUAAACAAACAUUCUUGAUCUGCAACAGUCAUAUGGAAUAUUUUUUUGUUAAUCCAUUGAAAAAAUGUUCACAUUAUCAAUGUGGAUUCUAAAUCUAUCUCUCAUUCUUUGUAUUCUUAUAUUUAUUUAUCUAAAACUAAUAAUCUGUUGUUUUGUUUGGCACAUUAUGUGAUACUUUUGUUAAAAAUCAUUUAUAAUACAUUGAAUAUUAUUAUUUGGUGGUUUUAAUAUUCUGGUAUAAUGUUCCAAACAUUAUUAUGUAAAAUUUUAAUAGUUUGCAUUGACGUUAUUUGUGUUUCUUAGUUCACAUAACAGAUGUUUUCCAAGAAGAGUAUAUCUAUCUUUGUGCCAUAUAUAGGUAUAAUUAUAAUACCCUUUUGUUAUAUUUCAUACAGAUGGAACUAGGUGAAUUAUGUAUAACAUCACCCAGCAAAAUUAUUUAUAUAAUUUUGUGUGAUAAUCCAGUUUUUGAAAUACUCCUUUGCUAAUGAUCAUUUACUUGAGAAUUGUGUUCCUCUUGAACUUCUUCUGUGAUCACUAAGAAAUUUCGUAAAGUAAGGCUCCGAUACAUUCUAGUGAUUGUAAUUUUAAUAUUAAUUUGCUUAUCCUUCAUGUUUUUGUUUGUUAAUGAAGCCAAUAUGUUGAUACAAUUGUUAACAUGUAUUACAUUUAAACCUAUUUAUAUAUUUAUAUAAAAAUUGUAAUUGCUUGCAACAUUUCAAAGAAUUACUUUCUGUGCAAAUACUAACAAAUUAUUAGCUUAAUGAAUAUACGUACUCAAGGAAUCGUAGAAAAUGUUGAAUAUUAAUGUGUAAAAAUUAAUUGUUGACUGAAUCUCUGAGAUUGUUUUAAACUGAAUAGUUUAAUUGUGUUACCUGAUUACCAUUAAUAAAGGAAUUAAAUGUUCCAUUAAUAAUUCUAAGAUUGACUCAAAUUUGAUUGUAAUGAUAUAUGAAACAUUGAUUUUGAGACACUGUACCACAGGUUAAAUGUUGGAAAUAAUAUUUUUGGUAACGAUCAGCCUUUGCUGAGUCCCCCCCCCCCCGCCCUCCCCCCAAAGAUACAAUGAAACUUGAAAGUAUUUAAAAAUUCAAUUCACAUAAUUCUAGUAUUUUGUGUCAAAUUAUUGCUAUGAUGCACUUAUUUGUGAAUCACCUGUCAUUUCUAUAAGAAAACAUUUCAAUGUUCUUUCAUAUCACUUCAUGAAAUUAUUGAGAAAGAAACUUACAAAAAUCCAAGACGGACACAGGAUGAGACUGGGAGAAAAAUUAAGGCUUCACACAAAAUUAAUCUGACCUCCCCAAUGGAAAUGUGAAUCAUGACAAAAUACAGAAUCCAAUAAAACAUCACAAUUAAAAUAAAUUAUAAAUCAGGUUUCAAUGGAAUGUUGGAUCAAUAACAAUUCCUUUUUGGCCAUUGUUCUGAAACAUUUAUUUCUCUCUAGGCCUUACUAAUCAGGUGAAAGAAAUUUUAUGCUAUGUUGGUGCCACUUGUUAACAGAAGCCUACCACAAAUUUAUCCACCAAUUCCACUCUCAAGGUCUUGUUGGUAGCUGGUUAUAAUGUGUAUAAAAUAGUGCCAAAUGUUAAAUAUGUAACGCCAACUUACUAUAAAUAUUCAGUAAUCAGAUUAGUUUGCAUAAAUAUUAAUUUAUUUGAUGAGGGAACAAUAAAUGUUCUAUAAUGUUGGCUAAAUAAGUUUCAUUGUUCAACUUCCCAUGAAAACCUAAUUAUCUGUGGUCAUAAAAGUGAGAAGAAUCAAUUUGUCCUUCAAUUAAUUUUGGAAAUUUUGCUAAUUAACAUCUUUAAUAAAUAUAUAAUUCUACAUAGUAAAAAACAUAAUUAGAAAAAGAUAUUUAUGAAAUAAACUAUGUACUAAAACACAUCCUUUUCUGUAAUUGUAUCUGUAAUCUUAUUAAGUAGAAGGCAUUCUAAAUUUUUUCUCCUUUUUAUUAUUUCAAUUAAUAAUUUUAGAUCAUUUCCAACUGGUAAAAAGUCU